AUGCACUUCGAGGCGGUGUCGCCAGUACUAUCCAGCUCUGCAACGCAUAAGCAGCCGGCAGUCAUGUCAGCAAAGAAAUCCAAUCUCUCGUGGAAACGUCGGAAGGAUGAGCUACAUCGACUGAGAGCGGAGUCGCAGGCACUGGAGACUCGUGUGAUGUUCUUGAAGAUGCGAAAGACUCAAGCCACACUGUUGAAGGCUGGCGUGGGGCUUUUCGACGAGCAGAAACAAUUGAGAGAUGCCGCUGUGUACCAGUGUCAAUCAGCUCGAGAAGAAAACAGACAGCUGAAAGACAAGCUGAAGCGAUGUUACAAGGCUUGUCACGACCUUCAGACGGUAUUGUCUGUAGCAGGUAUCAAGCAACAUAACCUCCUAAUGGCUAAUCCUUUCGCGGCCAAGGCGCUUCAAGCGGAGCAACGGAGCCAAGGUCUUUUAGAACUCAACUCUGACGUGCUUUUGAGUCUGGAGAACCGAGUGAACGAACGACUUACUGAGCUGAGUUAUAUUAUCGGAAAGAUCAGGGCUUCCAUGUCAGGACCCGAUGUCGACCAGGUUAAUGUUCAUCGCGAAGGAGUCGAGGGAGCCUCCGCCAGCGUCGAGUUUAAGCGGAAUCGACUUAUGCCGUUCAACGCCGAUUACACGUCUCGAGUGGUUUGGGACGUGAUGCAUUUGGGUGCCAUUCCAGACGAACAUUGUACGCGCGUGACUAAACGUUCGCAUGACACAUUACUCUCUCAAGGUUGCGAGACACAAGCAUUGGCAGGAGGAGGCACUGUAGACCUUGUUGCGAAAGCCUGGACACACGCGACUCGAGACUCGGGCUGGGCUUUAGUGCAUCCAAACGAAGAAAGACCCGGAACGUGUCAAGUUCAAUUAGCAGUUCGUCUACGAACAGAGAGCCAUGAACAGCAGAAUGGCCCGACACUUCUGACUCCAGUUGUAUCCGACGUGGUGAUACCGUCGUUCGGUGAGGUCUUGAGCGCUCGCCACCAACUUGUAGAGAACGCACUCUUAGACUCGACACGAGCAGCAACAGAAGCAGUUCCGCUGUUGCAGCAUUAA